ACACUUAACAAAACGAUGGAAGUGACACGGCAUUGCCCUUUCAUCACCCCCCAGCACAAAGGACAGGGCUCGGGGGCUCAGGCCGGUCCCGGCGGGGCUCGGGGCUCACCUUUGUCGCGCAGCUCCCGCAGGCAGGACGCGGCCACGCCGUGCUGCUCCGGCCCGUCCCGCCGCCGCACCACGCAGCGCUUCAGCCGCGCCGCCAUCCAGGGACGCUCGCCAAUGCCCCAGGAGGGUUUCCCGGGCAGGAAAGGCACUAAUGCCGCGGGAGGUGGCCCGAGAGCCCCGGCCCGGCUGACACCGGGCACUCCCGGUAGGGGACACCCCGCGGCAGCCAUCCCUSGGCCGGCCCUCGGCUCGCUAUGCCUGCGGCGCGGAGCGGCGGCGGGGGCGUUCCAUCGAGCGGCCGGCGGUGGAUGUCGCCCUGGGAAGAUGGCGGCUGCGGAGAGAGCGGAGCAGCCGGGGCAGGCCGGCUCCUGCCCUGGGACCGAGAACGCCGCAAAUCGGGAGCCGCUGAUUGUGACAGCAGUGAAAUUUUUACAGAAUCCACGGGUCCGCCAAAGUCCUCUUGCAACCAGAAGAGCAUUCCUGAAGAAAAAAGGUCUGACAGAUGAAGAGGUGGACCUGGCGUUGCAGCAGUCGGGCACAGAWGAGCCCCCAGCUCCCCCUGGCCAGGCCGUGGCAGCUCAGCCUCCUCAGCCCCUGCUCCACAGUCCCCCUGGCUCCAGAUGGCGAGAUUAUGGGGCUCUGGCCAUCAUAAUGGCAGGAAUUGCCUUUGGAUUCCACCAGCUCUACAAGAAAUACCUGGUCCCUCUCAUCAUGGGAGGCAAAGAAGACAGGAAACAACUUCAGAGGAUUGAGUCCAACAUUUCUGAGAUGAGUGGCAGUGUGACACAGACAGUGACUCAGUUACAGACAACCUUAGCAGCUGUCCAGGAGCUGUUAAUGCAGCAGCAACAGAAAAUCCAGGAGCUCACCCAAGAACUGGCUGCUUCGAAGGCCACAACUUCCACCAACUGGAUUCUGGAGUCACAGAAUAUYAAUGAAUUGAAAUCGGAGAUCUACUCUUUAAAAGGACUUCUCCUGAACCGGAGGCAGUUCCCUCCGUCCCCCUCRGCCCCCAAGAUCCCGUCGUGGCAGAUCCCAGUGAAGCCCAGCUCCCCCUCCAGCCCCGCUGUGGCCGCCCACAACAGCAGCAGCGACAUCUCCCCGGUCAGCAACGAGUCCAGCUCCYCGUCCCCGGUGAAGGAGAACCAGAGCCCCGAGGGCUCCAAGGGCCACCUGCUCGAGGAGAGCACCCCGGGCAUCAUCGACCUCAGCAGCCAGGUCAGGAUGGAGGUGCAGGGGGAGGAGGAGAAACGGGAGCCCAAAAGGAACGAGGAGGAGGAGGAGGAGGACGAUGAGGAUGAUGAUGUCAGCCAUGUGGAUGAGGAGGAGUGUCUGGGUGUGCAGACUGAGGACCGGCGAGGAGGGGAUGGUCAGAUCAAUGAGCAGGUGGAGAAGCUACGGAGACCUGAGGGGGCCAGCAAUGAGAAUGAGAUCGACUGAGACAGCCUGGGGGCUGCUGCUGCUGCUGCUGCUGCUGCUGCUGCUGCUGCUGUACAUCUUCCCCAGCUCUCCCAUUUUGUGGGGAGAAAAGCUACCAUUCCCUCCUGUGAUUUUCCCUUGACUGACCUUGAGCAGGGUCGUGAUUGCCCAAUGAACAGUUUGAUUGCCCUGUUUGACCCCAGGGCUUUGCAGUCCUGCAGUGGCUUCUCCCCUGCCAGCCCUUGUUGCCAGAGCUGGGGUCACUGGCAGGCGRGCAGACCGAUGGCCUUACCACGCUCCAGAGCUACAGGAUUCACCCUCUCACACAACAGUCAGCCUCUGCUGCAUCCCAGAGCCCUGCUWUCCAAUUUCACAAACCAGUCUGUCCUGAGCUCCUUGAUUUCACAAGCCUUUAAUCCCACAGAAGGCCCAAACCAGUUCUCUGUUUUCCCAAAAAGAAACCCUCUGUUUUAUUUCUCAAACUACUUAAUAUUCUGUUGCCAAAAAAAAACCCUGGACAUUUUAACCUCAAAKUCCUCACCAGAUCUCAGUCUUGGCUCUUCCAAACCUUAUCCCAAGCCUCAAAUUUCUGAAACUACMUAGGAUGUAAAAGCACUAGAUUUCUGUGCGGUCCAAAGAACACCAUUUCCACCCCACAUUGAUCAGAGUGGCCUCUGAUAGGGACCAAGUCCAGGUUCAUGGCCACAGUAAAAUCCAUGAGAACAGGGGCUUUGUUGAUGGUUGCCCCCCAGUAAGAAUCUGACUCCACUCAUCCCAAUUAUUGCCCUUUCUCCUCCAAAGACAAGGAGCUCACAUCAAUUUUUGACAUCUUAUAUAUUAUUUAUAGCUGCCCUGAAUAAAUGAAUGAAUGAAUGAAUGGAAUGAAUGAAUGAAUGAAUGAAUGAGGUGAAAUCAGAUGCUGAAAUAGUUGGUUAAUUCUGAAUAUUUGCAAUGGUUUUUAGCCUUUUUCCCCCUAAAUGAGAAGAAAAAUGAUCUUAAAUGGUUAGCUGAGACUGUACCUCUCAGACUGCAAAGCAGUCUCUCUAGCAGAGAGAACAGCUCCAGCUCUGAGGCUCCACUACUGGCCCUUCUUAACCAGUCCAGCCUUUUCUUGCCCYGUUGGGGCCACACACAAAUCAAACCAGUGAAUUUUGAAAGCUCUCAUUUGCAGCAUUGUGUUUGCAGCUGGUAAAAUGGUGGUGUCUGAUACUAUUCACUGCAUCAGAGCAUCUUAGCAGAGCAAUUCUUGUAACAACUGAGUCACUGUCCUCACCAAGCAAGUGUGCUCGUCUGUGUGAUCAUGUAUAGAUUUCAAAUAUAAAAUAUGAUUGUAUAUAAUUGUAAUAAAUAUGAGUUACCACUAUUUAACACCAGGCUA